UCAACAUGCCUAAACACGAGUACGUUUCAAAGAUACUUUGUUUAUCUUUAGGAUAUAAUUAUAAAGUCCAAUUUUUAUUUAAAAACAAUGUUUUAAAGGAAGCUUAUGGAAAAGCAUUCCAUAUUUGCUUUAUAAAUGCAGGCAAUAGUUUGUCAAGGUGAUCCUGAGAAGUCACAUUUAAAACAAAGAAAAUCACAUGCAACUUUGAAAUAAGCAUUCGUUUGGCACUUUAUAGUGGCAACUUAAGAAUUCAAUGACAUCCACUAUAUACCACCCUAAAACCCAUAAUGAAAAUGGCAAUUUCAUUAAAAAUGAAGAAGAAAAGACAGUUGUUGAAGCCACAGAUCACAAACGUAACAAAUCCAAUUUACUUCAAAAAGCCUUGCUACUCUCUUUGUGGUACACAUUCAGUUUCUUUACAAUUGUUUUAAACAAAUACAUAUUGACAGUGCUCGAAGGCAAUGCUGGCCUUCUUGGUAGAACUCAAAUGCUUCUUUCAGUUGCAAUUGGUGGAGUGGUGAUUUACAUGCUACCUUGCUUCCAACAGCGAAGCAAUAUCGAGAAAAGUAAAAUGAGAUUUUUUAAAAACAUGUCAAUUUUAGGAAUUCUACGGUUUGGAACAGUUGUAUGCUCUCUCAUUAGUCUUAAGAAUGUUGCUGUAUCCUUCACUGAAACUGUUAAGGCAUCUGCUCCAUUAUUCACAGUGAUUUUUUCCUUCAUAAUUCUUAGAGAAAAAGUUGGAUUGCUAGUGUUGCUUUCACUCAUACCGGUCAUGGCUGGUUUAUCUAUAUGCUCUAUAAACGAGAUCAGUUUCAAUGAAAUAGGCUUUGUAGCUGCUGUAAUAAAUAAUAUAAUGGACUGCAUCCAAAAUGUUUUCACGAAAAAACUGCUUUCAGAAGAAUCCUCGUAUACUCCACCGCAAUUGCAGUUUUUCACAGGGAUAGCGGCUCUGUUAAUACAAAUUCCAUACUGGAUAUAUAUGACGGAUUUCAAAGAAAGCUUCAAGGAAAUCGAUUCUUUCUAUUUUGGAAUUUUAAUAUUGAACAGUUGUUCAUUUUAUUUUCAAAGUUUGACAGCUUAUCGUUUGAUGGCGUUGAUUUCUCCUUUAACCUUCAGCGUCGCCAAUACCGUGAAACGAACUUUGCUGAUAUGGUUGUCAGUGGUGGUGUUUGCUAAUCACGUGACAAUCUUAAGUGGAGUGGGAACAAUGAUUGUGACACUUGGAGUUGUGUUUUAUCAAAAAGCGAAGCAAAUGGAAGCGACAGAUAAGCAGGAACAAUCAUCUCUAAAUGAAAGUAGUUCAGAUCACCUCCAUCUAUAGGAUUUCAUCGCAUUUGUUUCAGUGGAAGGUUUUACUCAGUAUGACAAUCUUAAUGGAGUAAAUUUUCUACAUUUUGUAUAAUCUGCACCAACGUUGCCCCUCGCUAAAUUACAUUUCAUCGUGUAUGGCAGUAAAAUAUCCACACUAGGCGAAAUGUGAAUAUUUUUCGUGAAUGCAAUGUAUGAAAUGAUGUGUAAAUAUGGUGAAUAGGAAAUUGAAAAUAGAAAAAUACAAUGAAUGGAAUUUAAUACAUGAAAAAAUAUAGUGAAUGAAAUUUAAAAUUGACGGAUGGUUUGCUAUUAAUUCUUUCUCAUAGCUCACGGAACAAGUGAACGAACAAUUCCAACUUAAAAGCGAAAAUUCUGCUCUAUCCUUAGAGAUGUGGAAAUAUACAACGAGACUAUAAAGUUUAAAAUGAUAAAAUA